AUGUAUAUUGAUUAUUAUGGCCUGAAAGACUUUAACCUUAACACUUCUGUAGCUUUUAACUUGUGUACCUUGUUUUUCUCAUCAUCUGUUCUGCUUCUUCUUGCACAGGAACACAGGCUCUCGAUUUGCAGCAAAUUGUGCUAUGCAAUAGGAGGUGCCCCAAAUCAAGUGGCAGGGAGUGCUGCUGCUUUCUUCCUGCAAAUCUACCUGCUGGAUAUAGCCCAUAUUACUCCAUUUCAUGCUUCUCUGGUGCUGUUCGUUGGCAAAGCCUCAGGUGCAUUUACUGAUCCUGUUGCUGGCUUUUUUAUUAGCAAAAGUAGAUGGACAAGAAUUGGCCGGCUCAUGCCUUGGAUGCUGGCAUGUACACCCUUCACAGUAGUGUCUUAUUUUUUCAUGUGGUACCUGCCUCCUUUUGUGUCAGGAAGAGCUGCAUGGUACGUGACUUUCAACUGCCUUUUCCAAGCUUUGACCACAUUAUUCCAAGUACCAUAUUCUGCCCUCACCAUGUUUCUCAGCACAGACCAGAAGGACAGAGAUUCUGCAACAGCGUAUCGAAUGACCAUGGAAGUGCUUGGGACCUUGAUUGGAGCAGCACUUCAGGGGCAGAUUGUGGCCAGUGCUCAUGUCUCUCAUCACUGCACUGUGAAUCCCCCAGUAAACACAACUGACUCCUGGCAUGACACUACCAGCAUUCCAGACCCCUCAGAUAUCCUGUCUCAUCAAGCAAAAGUUUAUAUGAUUGCAGCAGGGGUCAUAGGAGGUGUGUAUCUUCUUGGAAUUGUUGUUCUUUUUCUUGGAGUAAAGGAAAAAGAUGAUCCUUAUGCCUUAAGUUCAGACAGAGCAAUCCCUUUUUGUAAGGGGCUUGGACUCACCAUGAAGCACGGUCCGUAUGUGAAACUUACAGCUUCAUUUCUUCUCAUCUCGACAGCAGUUCAGCUGGAGCAGAGCAACUUUGUCCUGUUCUGCACUCAAGCUUCUGGCCUUCGCAAUCACUUCCAGUAUUUGGUGGUGACCAUCUUGGUAUCAGCAGCUGUGAGUGUUCCCUUCUGGCAGAAGAUUCUGCAGCGAUUUGGCAAGAAAUGUGCAGCAUGUGGGAUUUCGUGGAUGAUUCCUUUCGCAGUCAUGCUAGUGACCAUUCCAAACCUGAUCCUGGCUUACCUCGUGGCUUUCGUCUCUGGUCUGAGCAUUGCAGCAUCUCUUCUGUUGCCAUGGUCAAUGCUGCCUGAUGUUGUUGAUAACUUUCGCCUGCAGAAUCCUCAUGGAAAAGGACAAGAAACCAUUUUCUAUUCUUCUUAUGUUUUCUUUACCAAGAUGUCAGCAGGAAUUGGCUUAGGAAUUUCUGCAGCAGGACUGGAGUUUACUGGAUACAAACCAGGGAUAUGCAGACAGUCAGAUGACGUGAUCCUCACCCUGAAAAUCCUCAUUGGAGCGGUCCCUGGUAUCCUCAUCUUUAUGGGUUUAUUUAUACUCUUUUUCUACCCAAUCACUGAACAAAGUCGGAAAGAAACAAAGCUUGCGCUUGAAGAGUUAAGGAGGAGCCAUCAAAGCACAGAGAACUUGGAUGACCACAAAAAGGACACCUCAGUCUGAAAGCUCUGAACACAGUGACUUUCCAAAUAUGGACUCACAUCCUACCAACAAACCCCGUGAGAGUUUUCUAGGUCAUUUCUCUGCUCACAUUUUAUCAAAAAGGAUAAAGAAUGAUUCUGACAUAAUAACAAAAUCAAGAGAGGACACCACUGUGCAAAUAUACACCUAACUCCAUGCACUGUGCUAAAAAGGACAUUACAUGUGGUCAGGAAAGAAAGCUAUUGAAGGCUUGAGGAUUUUUUGUUUGUUUUUCAAUGAUUAAUGGAAAACUGUGAUCUCGUUGCGCAGGAGAUUCUAUAGAUUUGUAGGUCAAGAGGAAAAAAAGUGCAAAUGUGACCCUAGAGUUAUAAAAUGUCCUGAAUUGAAAAGGACUCACGAGGGCCAUUGAGUCCAAUUCCUGAUGCACCACCCAAAUAUUAACUCACAAUAUAUUUCACCCUUGGAGGCUGGGGUGGAUUUUGAGCACAAUCUCUACCUGCAACUUGCACACUAGCGUGUUUGGGAAGCACUUGUGAAUACUGAAGUAUAUUAUAUAGAGUUAGGAUUUAUUUUGUUUUGAAAUGAAGCAAAUCACUGAUGCAGACAUGUUUUGAGGAUUUUCUCAUAAAGUUUUUUCUGAAAGAGAUUUUGAGGUAAUUUAACUUCAUAGAUUUUAUAUAAAACAGAACCCUACAAUUUGUGUUACUGAUGUUUCUUGCUUCUGAAACCUGUAAACUGAUUUCUCUCAGAGAAUGAGAACAUUUUCAAAAUCAACAUCUGCACUCAGGAUAUGCAAAAUCAGAAGUCUGCUCCAAAAAUUAUCAUUCCAAAAAAUAUCAUUCAAAUGUCUAUAAAUUUUGGCUUUUCAAUAAUCGUGGUACCCAUUUCUCACGUGGUGUAGGCUCCCUGCCUCACCAAACACAGUGGCACAGCUGCUAAUCUCAACUUGCACUUAUUUUAUAAUAAUGAGGCUACACCUGCCUUUUAAGUGGUGGUUUUUUUCAGUCAGGGAUGUUAUCAUGCUUUAGAUACAUUAACUGAAACCUCAUUUCUACUGUAGAUUCACACUGCUGAACACAUUUUGUAGAUGAAGACACACCUAACCUCAGGCACCUUCCGGAGCACUUAAGUUGAGAUCUGUUCUUUCUGGGCUUCUGUAGUCAGUACAGAGACCUUGAGAGACUGGCUCCAAGCUUAAGCUAAAAUGACUGGACUCUGAAGAUGUAUCUAAAUCUGGAAAGAACAGUGAGGAAUUUAAGAGUUAAAGGCUUGUUCACCUCAAAGAAAUUAGCACAAGACAAGACAUGAAUUUCAGCUCACUGCCUCCACUGUAUGACUCUGUGAGAGGGUGCCUUUGUGUUGUACCAGAAGUGCCUUUGGAGGACUGGCUUGCCACUGUUUGGGAGGACUUGGAGGCUGUGGCCACAAGUACUUCACUCAGGGCCAUCUGGGAGGUGACUCACAGUGCUGGGACUGGAAACUGGGAAAGCUUUUACUGAAGGACACUGCAGUAAAAUCAGUGCAGCUCCGAGUAUCUCCUUAAGUUUAGUACUGAAACUUUGUCAGGCAAGUUUGAAGUCUCAGCCAUAUGAACUGUCCUAAUUCAGCAAAAUGCUUGAUCAUGAGUGAGCUUCUAAGGAUAUAUUUUGACUGUGUGUGGGUAAGAGUUAACUACAUUUAAGAUUUCUGUUGAAUUGACAUCUAAGGCUCUUUGUUCUUGUUUUGUUUUUUUGACAAAUCAAGAUUUGUAUGCCUGGGGCAUAUAUGUUUAAAGCAAUAAAAACCAUAAGCCUGUUUACAAUUUUGAGUCUGAUGGAAUUUGAAAUAGCAGAUUUACUGCACUUUGAAGUAAGUUAUGUAGGUAAGUUAUGAAGCAAUGUCGCAUAGCUCCAAAACAUCACAGAAAACAGUUUUGGGCGUUUGAUUUAUUCUGUAAUAUUUGUGUAUUUCUGAAUAGUCAGCUUUAAAAACAAACAGAAGUCUCAAUAAAGGCUGUUAAUGUUUUUUAAUGGGUUAUGUUUUCAGCUGCUAUAAAUCUGUAGCUACAAGGCAGUGGGUCCGUGUCAGUUUAUAUAAGCUGAAUCCUCAGCCCAGUGAUAAAAGGGUUGCAGAACUACUGGCUGGGGUUGAAUAGAAUUAUUUGAAUGUGGCUUAAUAUAUUAUUUCUAGAUCAGUUGUGCAGUUGCCUCUAAAUUGCACAACACCCAAUCCGAAUUCAGACUAGGUAACUCAGUUGAUUGUAAACUGUUUUCCUCUUCUCUAGAGAGACAAUGUGAUCUUUAUCUCCCUGAGAUGUACUCAGUCCUCACUUUGCAUAUGGUAGCAGCAAUGGGAACUGCUACAAGAAAAGAGAAAGCUGUAGAUAAAAUGGAGCAGACUAUUUUUAUAUUUCAAAAAUCUCAUUAUUUUAGUUGAUUAUCAGAGUUGUACUUUUGUUAAGAAAAUGAAUGUAUUUUUUUAAGUUAAAAGAAUGGAAGACUUAAGUGCAGGUUAAGAUUAUUUUUGUACUUUUCUUUUUUUAGGUCUCAGUGUUGGUGCUGUAAAAUGAAUGAGCUUUGUAUGUCUCCUUGUCAGUUUUAAAUUAUGUCUUUGCCUUACAUAUGUUCAGAACAUGUGACUGAAAGAAGCAGAUUCUUCUGUUGACAACCAUUCAGAUUAAAUGAUAAUCUAAUGUAAACCUCCUGCCUUCCUGCUGCUUGGCAGUAACAGGACCCAGUUUCAAUCCCCAGGGGUUCUCAUUCAGGUAAUACCCAAAUACAGUCAUAAGAACAUGGGAGAUUGCAUUAAACCAGUUGG